GAAACUUAUUACAGAGAUUCCUAAUCAACCAGACUUGGUAAAUUUACUAAAAACUAGAACAUUUGAAUGGCUUCAAAAUAACUCACCCAAGAAUUGGCAGUAUCAUGUUGCAUCAGACAAAAAAUUAUUGUAUCCAUAUUCUUCAUUUUCGGCAGCUUUACAAUCUCACAUACGUGCUCUGGUUCGAAUACCGAUUGCUAAGCUUCUUUGUUGUCUUGAGCGAUUAUUUGUAACCAGAACUUUUUUAAACCUAAAACGUUCAACAUCCAAAUGUUCUAAAUUAUUACUUGAGUAUUGGAAGCAAAUGACUAAUGACAGAAGUCUUUUAAAUAUUGACGAACUAUCAGAGCCGAAGCCAGAUGGAUACUUAAUGCCAACUCUUUUCUAUGAUCUUCAAUUUCCGUUUUCUUAUCAUUUUGUUAAACAAAUUGAUACUUUCAAAAAACUUUAUAAAGAAGAAGUCCGUUUACUUCAAGAAAACCCUAAUAAUAUUGAUCCUGACACAGGAAAACUUUUUGAUUAUAUUUUUGAAGAUUAUAUAGCGGGAUUGAGAAAUAAUAUUAUGACUUCAAUUCCUAAUUUCAAUACAUUUCCACUUGAACAUGCGCCAGAAUUAUUUUUUGAAGAUUUUAUCGCUAUUAUUUCUGCCGGUAGAUCAAACAAAAAAGACAUUUCAAUUUUAUUAUUUAUUUUCGAAUACAGCCUUGGAUCUGAAAAAAUAUUGGACCCUAUUUUAGCUCAUGCUUUCUGGUGGGAACAUUCCGAUCAUAUUAUGGCAGAAUUUCAGUUGGCCAAGUUAUGCCCUUCGAUUAUUAAUGAAACAAUAUUAGAGAAUAGGAAGACAACAAAUAUGCCAUUUGGAUAUUAUCUCAUAGAAGAAAUUACAAAGAUAAUGUUUCGAAAAUUAAAUGACACCAAAUCUGGAACAUCAGCUGUUACUCAACUUCAAUGCUGGCAACGGGAGGUCUCCAAAAUUUUAUCUCUUAGUGAAAAGCUCCCAGAAGCUUCAACAUUUGCGUCAUUACAUUUAUUACAAGUAUGUUAUAAUUUUGUAUCAGCGGAUUCGAUCUCAGUAUCUAAUAUGAAAGAAAUAAUGAAAGCUGGAAAAGGAUCAAAGGAUGAUCUGUUUAAUCAAAAAUUCAUUGAAAUCAUUUUUUC